AUGUCAGAUCAAUUGGUUGAUUCCAGUGAACCUUCAGCGUAUAUUGCAAAUGCUGAUGGUACAUACACUGCCAUACCACUAAGCUCAACUGAAGAUGGACAAGUUGUUUUGCAGUUGGACGGAAUGGGAUUAUCUAACGAAGGAGAAGAAAUGGUUCUGAUUGCGGCUGAUGAUACAACGACACUGGAAAGUUUGAUCGCUUCAGGCGCUGUCACAGCUAUUGCGACUGAAAAUGGCACAGAGUAUCUGCAGUUCGCCGACCCCAGUAUGGAAGGAACACAAGUAAUUGAGCUACCAGCAGAUCAAAUGCAACUUUGGGACCCAAACUCAAAAGCGUAUUAUGACCCGUCCGGUUUAGGGCCAGGUUUCGUUACAUUAGGUCAAUCUAGUGGUGUAACGUACCGCUGUCCAUCGUGUCCGGCAAUGUAUGCCAAUGCCAAUGCUUUUACUAAACAUAUGCGAGAAAAGCAUUUCGUUAAAGUAUAUACGUGUCGGCAGUGUGAAGAGUUUUUUGAGACCCUCAGUCAACUAUUUCUUCAUGCUCGACGUAGUCAUGUUGAUCCCAAAAAGCCCAAAAGAAAUCCUGCUAAUUUCAAAUUUCAUUGUGACCAGUGUAACUACAUGACAAACAACGGCGGAACCAUGGAACAUCAUAAACGUGCUCACACUGGAGAGAAACCCUUUGUGUGUGAUGUUUGUAAUAAACGGUUUGCACAAAAAGCCAAUAUGAAAACCCAUCGGAAUCGCCAUAUUCAUCGUGAUAAAAUAUUUCGUUGCGAUACGUGUAAUAAAGCCUUUUCAUCGUAUGAUAUUUAUCUUGCUCACCUGCGGACAAGGGAACAUGAACUUCGUGAACACUUUGCGAUGAUGUCUUCCUCACAAUUAGCUUUAGAAUGCUUGGGAUGUGCGGUUACCUUCGACAGUAUAUACAAUCUGAAUAAACAUACACGGAGUUGUCGGAUUGUACGCACUCUUCAAACUAAAUUUCGAUGUUUACCAUGCAAUGCAUAUGUGAGUGACGUGGCAUCACUAAAAGCCCACGUUAAAGCUCACGAAGGCAGUCAAAUAAUAUCAUGUCCAGUGUGUGGUGAACGUGGAUUCCCUGGUUUCAAUCAACUGAAUCAUCAUAUAACAAGAGCUCAUGCUUUGAAAGUCAAUCGUCGUCACGUCUGUCGUUAUUGCGAAUCCACAUUUGAGUUAAAAAAGGAAUUAGAUACGCAUAUCCGCAACAUGCAUGCUGAAGAACGUAACGCACGUCAGUCAAGAGGAGCAGUUGGCCGCCUCAAAUGCCGUUAUGGUCAUUGUGAAUUCACAACAAACUCAAUCAUGCUGUUAGAUCGACAUCAUGAUCAACAUCGACGUCAAGAAGAAGAUGGAGAAGAUGGUGGUCUUGAACUGCCUCCUGCUCGCUACUCAUAUACAAAGCGACGGAGGCCAAAAUUAAAGUUGUCCAAAAGAAGUCGACUUAUGGAUGGAUACGAAGAUGACGAGGAGGCAGAGACCGGUGGUGAAGGUGAUGACAUGGGUGAUAAUGAAGGUGAUGUCUAUGAGGAAGUUGAUGCGAACGGUAGUGUUACCAGACGUACAAUCACAUUUGUAAAGUCUAUUAAUCGGAAGGCACAAGAUGGAGAAGAACACAUCACAGCUAGUGUCUCAAGAGAGCCGACUACAUCUACUCGUCGAAUAUCCCGAGCUCGGCGUCUACCAGCGUGGUAUAAAGAUUAUGAUACCGAUUUCGUAAUACACGAUGAAGCUACUACAGAAAAGGAAGAAGUGCAGGCCCAACUACCACCAGGUAUUGAACUAGAAGAUCCGUCUACAAUGGACAAAGCUGACAUCCCAACUGAAGAGUGGAAUAUUGUUGUAUAUGACGAUGAUGAUGAUGAGGAGGAGGAGGACGAGGAGGAGGAGCAGGAGGAUGAAGAUGAAGAUAGUCCGUUAGAUUAUGAAGAUGAAGAUGUCAAUGUUUUAAAUGAGAGUACUACUGACGUUAUAUUGGAUGAAGAUACUUUCUAAUGAGUGAAGAGUACUGAGAAUGUACAGAAACGAUUACAGUAUUAUUAUUCGUCUUUUAAAAUAUAUGUACAGUCCCUGGAUUAUAUUUCACUUCAGUGUAUAAAAGGUAUUUGUGUCAUUUAUUAAAAUGCUUAGUGUUAUUAUUUCAUAAAGCUAUCAUAACCUAUCACGGUUUUCUCCAGAAUGUUCACUUCCUGUAUUUUUCUGUGUAAGAUGCAUUCACCAUGUUUUGCAUUUAGUUUUUUCAUCUCACAACAGCUGACAAAAUGCUUACGCAAUACUUUGAUCUUUAUAACGUCUUUUAGCCUUGCCAUCUGCUCUAUGUGCUAUAUGUGUUCAUUGAAUAAAUUGGCAG